AUGGAGGGCUCCCUGACGGCUGAGCAGUUCCAUGUGGUCACUCCUCUGCUGGAGAGCUGGGCACUGUCCCAGGUGGCAGGCACGACUGUCCUCCUCAAGUGUGAGAAUGUGCAGCCAGCCGGUUCCUUCAAGAUCCGAGGCAUUGGGCAUUUCUGCCAGGAGGUGGCCAAGAAGGGAUGCCGACACCUGGUGUGUUCCUCAGGGGGCAAUGCAGGGAUCGCUGCUGCUUACGCUGCUCGGAAGCUGGGCAUCCCCGCCACCAUCGUGCUCCCCGAGAGCACCUCCCUGCAGGUGGUCAGGAGGCUGCAGGGGGAGGGUGCCCAGGUACAGCUGGCUGGAAAGGUCUGGGACGAGGCCAACGUGAGAGCUCAGGAGCUGGCCAAGAGGGACGGCUGGGUGAGCGUGCACCCGUUUGACCACCCCCUGAUAUGGGAAGGCCAUGCCAGCCUGGUUCGCGAGCUAAAGGUAGCACUGAGAGCCCCGCCAGGUGCCCUGGUGCUGGCAGUCGGGGGCGGGGGGCUGCUGGCCGGGGUGGUGGCCGGCUUGGUGGAGGUGGGCUGGCAGCACGUGCCUAUCAUCGCCAUGGAGACCCGCGGCGCACACUGCUUCAACGCGGCCAUUGAGGCUGGCAAGCCAGUCACUCUGCCGGACAUCACCAGCGUGGCCAAGUGCCUGGGUGCCAAGACGGUGGCGGCGCGGGCCCUAGCGUGCACGCGGGAAUGCACCAUCCUCUCUGAGGUGGUGGAGGAUGCGCAGGCUGUGAGGGCCGUGCAGCGGUUCUUGGAUGAUGAACGUCUGCUGGUGGAACCUGCCUGCGGGGCGGCGUUGGCUGCCAUCUACUCGGGCCUCCUGGGGCGGCUCCAGUCUGAGGGCCGUCUCAGCUCCUCACUGGCCUCCGUGGUGGUCAUCGUGUGUGGAGGUAACAGCAUUGAUAGCCGAGAGCUCCAGGCCCUGCAGGCCCAGGUGGGCCGGAGCUAA